AUGUCACUGAACCGUGGAACAAGGAACCGUGGAACAAGGAACCGUGGAACAAGGAACCCAGGAACAAGUAACCGUGGAACAAGAAACCCUGGAACAAGGAACCGUGGAACAAGGAACCGUGGAACAAGGAACCGUGGAACAAGUAACCGUGGAACAAGGAACCGUGGAACAAGAAACCCUGGAACAAGGAACCGUGGAACAAGUAACCGUGGAACAAGAAACCGUGGAACAAGAAACCCUGGAACAAGGAACCGUGGAACAAGGAACCGUGGAACAAGAAACCCUGGAACAAGGAACCGUGGAACAAGUAACCGUGGAACAAGUAACCGUGGAACAAGGAACCGUGGAACAAGAAACCCUAACCCUGGAACAAGGAACCGUGGAACAAGGAACCGUGGAACAAGGAACCGUGGAACAAGGAACCGUGGAACAAGUAACCCUGGAACAAGGAACCGUGGAACAAGGAACCGUGGAACAAGAGGAACCCUGGAACAAGGAACCGUGGAACAAGUAACCGUGGAACAAGGAACCGUGGAACAAGGAACCGUGGAACAAGUAAGUGGAACAAGGAACCGUGGAACAAGGAACCGUGGAACAAGAAACCCUGGAACAAGGAACCGUGGAACAAGGAACCGUGGAACAAGGAACCGUGGAACAAGUAACCGUGGAACAAGGAACCCUGGAACAAGGAACCGUGGAACAAGUAACCGUGGAACAAGGAACCGUGGAACAAGUAACCGUGGAACAAGGAACCCUGGAACAAGAAACCCUGGAACAAGUAACCGUGGAACAAGAAACCCUGGAACAAGGAACCCAGGAACAAGAAACCCUGGAACAUGGGACCCUGGAACAAUUAACUAUGGAACAAGGAACCCUGGAACAAGGAACCGUGGAACAAGGAACCCUGGAACAAGAAACCCUGGAACAUGGGACCCUGGAACAAUUAACCCGGGAACAAGGAACCCAAGAACAAGGAACCCAUGA